AUGUCCUCUGGUGAUCUGGAGAAAUACGCUAUUAAGAAACUGAUUGCGAAGCUGGCUGCGGGGGAAGAUGGCCAGAAUCAGGCGGCUGUUGAGGAUGUGUAUUUAUUUCUCGAUGAGAUGAAUGUCAUCUAUACGGUGUCCAGGGCACUCAGAGCAGAUGGCUAUAUGGAGAAACACAAUGUAUUAAACACUUAUGACCCUUUUGUGAUGGUCAUCUACCAUCUCGAUCGCCUUUUUGCUCAUCCGCUCGGGAAAAUCCACAAGACGACCUUCCAGGGCUGCUUGGGGAUAUCCAAUCCCGAGGAUGCCCGUCGCAAGAGCAAAGUCGAGUACAGAAAACACUACGAGCUCGUCCGGAGGAUAACCCCCAAGGACAGACUUUUGGAGUUUAAACUGUCCGAUGGUUGGGAGAUGUUGUGUGAGUUUCUAGGGAAGCCGGUGCCAGGUAAGCCUUUCCCUCAUUUCAACGUGAAGAAAUGGCUCGAUGAGAAAGCCCGUCCCUCAAUCGCACGGGGAUGA